GUAAAUGCGCAGAGGGAGUUAGCUCAGGCGUCCACGGGUUAAUAGGAUUAAUUGAACUCGAAGUUAUGCCAGCCAAACAAGAAACAGGCAACUCGAUACUGCCUUUUUUUCCGGGCCGACAAACACCCAAACACUGCCACAUCUACCGAGGCAUCUCCAACUCGUGCCUUUGAACAACCUCCAAUAAAUAUCCGCGUCCUGGGCUUCCCACCUCCAUCGUCCUCUAUCACAUACCUGUCUCCCGAAAUCCUCUGUAUGAUCUUUGUACAAUAUUUACUUGAUUAAUCCGUCCAGAAAGUUAUCUUGCCAUCCCAAAAUCCUCCUCAAAAUGGCUUCGCCUCAACAACUUCGCACCACGGCAACCGAUCUUCUGGGGAUCAAGCAUCCGGUCCUCUUGGCUGGUAUGAACGUUGCUGCCGGUCCCAAACUCGCUGCCGCAGUCACAAAUGCCGGAGGUCUCGGUGUCAUCGGAGGUGUUGGCUACACUCCGGAUAUGUUGCGAGAGCAGAUUGCCGAGCUGAAGAGAUACUUGAAUGAUAAAAAUGCUCCUUUCGGUGUUGAUCUAUUGCUUCCUCAGGUUGGAGGAAAUGCGCGAAAGACCAACUACGAUUAUACCAAGGGCAAGCUCGGUGAGCUGAUCGAUAUCAUCAUCGAGAGUGGAGCGCGCCUGUUUGUCUGCGCUAUCGGUGUCCCACCCAAGGCUGUCGUCGAGAAGCUCCAUGCCAAUGGAGUUCUCUACAUGAACAUGAUCGGCCACCCCAAGCACGUCCAGAAAGCCAUCGACAUCGGCGCAGAUUUGAUUUGCGCUCAAGGUGGCGAGGGCGGUGGACAUACGGGAGAUGUCCCUACCUCCAUCCUUAUCCCCACCGUUGCCAAGCUCUGCGCAAAACACAUUAGCCCUUUCACCAAACAACCAGUCCAGUGCAUUGCCGCCGGAGGCAUCUUCAGUGGCCAAUCUGUGGCCUCAGCUCUGAUGCUUGGCGCUUCUGCCGUCUGGGUUGGUACCCGUUUCAUCCUUGCAGAUGAGGCUGGUGCCCCCGAAUCUCACCAAGAGGCUGUCCGCACCUCCGGAUUUGAUGAUAAUAUCCGCACCGUCAUUUUCACUGGACGACCCUUGCGCGUUCGCAACAACGCCUAUAUCCAGAACUGGGAAGAAAACCGCGCCGAAGAAAUUAAGGAGCUCACUAGCAAGGGUAUUAUCCCCGUUGAGCAUGACUUUGAAAACCUCCCCGACGAUACCGAUGACGACAUGAUUGAGAACGCCCGUCCGUUCCUCAUGGGUAAGGUUGCUGCCGUCGUUAACGAGAAGAAGCCUGCCAAGGCUAUUGUUGAUGAGCUUGUUGGGGAUGCUGUGAAAUGGCUGCAGAAGGGAAACAAGAUGAUUGCUAAGUUGUAGAUAUCCCUAUUUUGGUGUUCUAGGUUUACAUGUUAUUUGUUGUUAAUAUCCCCUUCUUGGCUCUCCAUUCAUUUCCUUUUUUCUCUGUUUUUUAUUUCUACUUUUAUCUUUUACCGAUUUUCAAUUUGUUCAGAGAAUGGCCUGAGACAAGGAAAGAAUACGGGGUGGCUGGCGAGAUGUUUCAAUGUUUUGCAAUGUUCAGCCCUGCGAACGGGUGAGAGAAUUGAGCUUCAGAAGUUCUGUCAUAUGUCAACUUGAUGAUAGUUGUGUGUUCUUCUGUGACCAGAUACCUAUGUGUCUUCAGCCGGCGUGUUGCACCGUAAUUCAGUGACCCCAUUCCAUUGAAUAUUUGUAUUGUUUUAUAG